AUGAUUAAGAUACUUUCAAUUGGAUUAGGAGGAGUUGGUGUGGUGACAAGCUAUAUUUUGCAAAAUUUCAAUCCUGAAGUUGAGAUAACUGCAAUUAUUAGGUCAGACUACGACCAUGUCAUGAAGUCAGGGUAUACCAUUUCAUCUAUUGAUUAUGGAGGAAGAAGAGAAAAUGAUGAUCCUAACGAGGCAGAUAAUACGAUUAAGGGGUUUAGGCCUAAGAAUAUUGUUAAAAAAUUAGCAGAUGCUACCAAAUUCGGACCUUUUGAUUAUAUUGUAGUUGCAACCAAAGUUGUUCCAAAAGAAAAAGAUAACGUAUGGGAACAGGUUGAACAACUUCCAGGGUUAUUAAAAGACAAGAAAGGGACAUCAAUCGUGCUUAUUCAAAAUGGAAUCGACCCUGAAAGAUUCUGGGAGGGAUUGAAAGAUAAGGCUAUUUUUAUUAGUGGCGUAUCAUAUAUCAGUUCUGUGAAUCAUAAAGGAACAGUUACCCAAUAUGGACACGAUGAUAACAAUUUUGGAUUGAUUUAUGAGAACGAUAAUCCAGAAUCACUUGAGGAAUUCUUGGGAUUGUAUACCAAUGACUUUAAUAGUGUAGGCCUUGACUCAAAUGUUAGAUUGACUAGGUGGAAAAAAUUACUUUACAACGCUUCUUUCAACACAGUCUGCUGCCUUACAGAUAUGGAUAUAGGAAAAAUUUUUGAUCUCAAGGAUAGCAUGGGAAUAAUAGAUAACCUAGUUCGUCCAUUAAUGAAGGAAAUUCAAUAUGUUGCAAAUUAUGACCUUAAAAAGAAUUACCCCAAUCAUAAAGAUGAAAGUGUGACAGAUGAUGACGUUGGAUUUAUUAUUACAGCUACCGAAGAUACAGAUGCUAAGAAUAAUUACCAACCUUCGAUGUUGGUCGAUUCUCGAAAUGGUAGAAAUAUUGAGCUUGAAGUUAUUUUAGGAAAUGUGAUUAAGAUUCAUAAACUGAAUACGAAUGGGGAUAUGAAGUCAGAAAUCCCUUACUUAAAUAUGAUGUACUAUCUUUUAUCUUUGGUACAAUAUCGUUUGAGUGACAAUCAAAAGAAUUCAAAAUAA